AUGGUGGUUCCGGCGGUAGUACCACGUACCUAUGAAUCAGCGCUGAAGCACCUCGACUCCAUCCAGUCGAACCGCGCCGUCACCUCCCUCUUUACCCCCCGCCCGGCGUACCUCGACAAUGCCGGUGCGGGACCUUCCUCGCCGGGACCCUCUAUCGAGGACGUCAACACGGUCGCCAUCCCCGAGAUGCUCGCGUGGCUGCGGCGCGCGGGCCUCACCACUGACGAGCUCGCCGCCCACCUGCGUUGCAUUCACGUCGCCGGCACCAAGGGCAAGGGCUCCGUAUGCGCGUACCUGACGUCCAUCCUCGUCGCCGAGGGCGCCGCCGCCGCCGGCCGCGUCGGCACCUACACAUCGCCGCACCUGGUCUCCGUGCGCGAACGCAUCGCCAUCGACGGCCGGCCCCUCUCGCGAGACCUCUUCACCCGCUACUUCUUCGAGGUCUGGGACGCGCUGACGGAGUCGGCGCGCGCUGAGACCACGGCUGCCGGCGCGUCCGCAACCGACGAGGAGCUCGCCGGCCCCGCCACCAAGCCGUUCUAUUUCCGGUUCGUGACGCUGGUCGCGCUGCACGCGUUCCUGCGCGAGGGCGUGCGCAGCGCCGUCGUCGAGUGCGGCAUCGGCGGCGAGUACGACUCGACCAAUGUGCUCCCCGCGGCCGCCGUCACUACCACCGUCGUGACGCAGCUCGGCGUCGACCAUGAGGGCAUGCUCGGCUCCACGCUGCCCGACAUCGCCUGGCACAAGUCCGGCGUGUGCAAGUCCGGCCGCCGGUGCUUCACGCGGAGCCUAUCUGGCCGCGCCGACGCGCUCGAGGCCAUGCGCGUCCUGCGCCGCCGCGCUGCCGACAAGGGCGCUACCCUCUUCGAGCUAUCCGACGCCGAGGUGGAGACCUGGGGCGGCGUGCGCGGUCGCGAGCCCGGGAACUUUGAGGGCGCCUUCCAGAAGUAUAACCAAGCGCUGGCUUUGCGCGCCGCGGCCGAACACCUGUGGGUGCUGUCGCGGGAGGAGGAGAGGGGGGAGCGCCCGGCGGUCGCAGUGCCGGAAGGCGGGCCACAGCGCGAAGGGUCGCUGACGGCUCUGGAGGCGAGAUUCGGCGACGGGGUGCGCGCCGCGAGGCUCCGUGGCCGCUGUGAGACCAAGGCCGACGGGCGCCUCGCCUGGCACAUAGACGGGGCACACACGGAGGACAGCUUGGCCGAGGCGGCGACGUGGUUCGUGGAGAAGCGCAGGGCGCUCGCGGUCGGCGCCCGCGCGACGGAGACGAAGACCAAGACGGUCCUGCUGUUCAACCAGCAGGACCGUGACGUGGUGCGGCUGCUGACGGCGCUGCUGGCCGGCCUCAAAAGCGAGGAUGACGGCGAAGGGGGGAAGCCCAGCCCAGUUUUCGACGUCGCCGUGUUCACGCGCAACGAGCUCGCGCCCCGCGGCGACCCCGACCUCGCCGUGCAGCGCGCCGCCGCCCACGCCAUGCGCCGACUGAGCCCGCCGACGGCCACCCUCGUCGCCGACAACGUCCAAGACGCCGUCGCGCGCAUACGCGCGCUCGCGGCCCCCGGCCCCGACGCCGACGCCGACGCCGAGGUCGUCGUCUUGGCCACAGGGAGCUUACACCUGGUCGGUGCGCUGCUGCGCGCGCUGGAGCCGGAGGCGGAGCUGUGA